GCGCGAUAGCCUACCCGCCACUUUCCACCGUUAACCUCAUCUCUUCUCAUCAAACCCCUCCAUCACCAGUCACCCUCACUCCACUCUCUCUCAGCUCCGAAUCAAUGGCGUCUCUACGCCAGACCCCAACCUCACUCCAAUCCAAUUACUCUCCACUCCCCAGAAACUUCGUCUCCUCGAAACCCCUCCUCAACCUCUCGUUCUCCGCCUCUAACGUUCCUUCUUCUCUCCAACUCAACUUCGCCGCCGCCGUCGCCGCCACUGGCCGCCGCUCCCAUGGCGGCGUUCUCGGAGCUAAGAUGGUUUCUAGCGCCGCCGCCAGCUACGCCCUCGCCCUCGCCGACGUUGCCAAGGCCAACAACACCCUUGACUCUACAACUGCCGAUAUCGAGAAAAUCGAGGAAAUCUUCGCGGACCCUGGGGUAUUCUCCUUUUUCAACAACCCUACCAUAGAGACAGAGAAGAAGAAAAAGGUCGUGGAGGAAAUCGCUACUUCCUCCAGCUUGCAGCCUCACACUCAGAAUUUCCUCAACAUUCUGGUGGACGCGAAGAGGAUCGAUCUGAUCAAGGAUAUAGCGAGGGAGUACGAAUUUGUGUACAACGAUUUGACGGACACGGAGCUCGCGAUCGUGAGCUCGGUGGUGAAGCUGGAAUCGCAGCACUUGGCUCAGAUAGCGAAGCAGGUUCAGAAGCUGACAGGUGCAAAAAAUGUGAGAAUUAAGACCUUGAUUGAUCCAAGUUUGGUGGCUGGAUUCACAAUCAGGUAUGGGAAUUCAGGAUCUAAGUUGAUUGACAUGAGUGUGAAGAAGCAACUUGAAGAAAUUGCUGCUCAGCUCGAUUUGGGCGAUAUCACGCUCAAUGUAUGAUGAGCUUUUCUUGGUGGAAAAAGUUCCAUCGUGAAUAGUUCGAUUCAAUUUUCGCUGCUUUAAUAAACUGUCAAGGGUGUAAAAGAUUCUUGCGGUAGCAUACAUAUAUCCGUGUGUGUGUGUGAUUUUAAUCUUUGGUGAGUUUGAAUUUGGAAUUGGAAUUGGAGUGUGGUGACUCGUGAGAGCAAUUUUUGUGUUUCGACUCUUGGACACAGAUGGUUCUGCAAAAAUUCUUCAGAAAGUGAACAGAAAACAUGAUUCUUCAAAGCAAGCUUUUAAUCUAUGUUUACAAUUUUGGGUGAACUCUGCUCGAAUCCUCACAGGGCAGAAAACGCUGAGGAUCAAAGAGCUGAUGGAUAAUUAGAUGAAUAUCAGUGAAUUGCUAGGGUGCUUUGAGGAUUCAGUUCGAAUUGACAUGUCAUGCUAUGUUCUUC